CUUCUGGGUCGUUUAUUUAUUGACCUUCACGUGCAUGAAUGAUUUGUGUUCGUGAAUUGCAGAAACUUAGAGGCAGCAACAGGCGAUUGUGGACUUUAAGUUGGAAUCAUAAAGGAUCUGUCUUGGUUUCCGGUGGGGAAGACAGAAUAAUCAAGUCAUGGGCUAAAUGUGACGAUGAAUCAUGGGUUAACAGUUUCUCUCUCCCUGAGGCACACAAAAGAUCAAUUAGAUGCAUAACAUGGUCGCCAUGUGGUAACUUCAUAGCCUCAGCGAGUUUUGAUGGAACAGUAGCCAUUUGGAAAGUUUUCAAAGAGGCUUCAGGGCACGAAAUGGAGGCGCUUGUGACAUUAGAAGGACAUACUAGCGAAGUCAAGUGUGUUGCUUGGUGCCCAUCCGGUCAUCUGAUAGCAACUUGUGGUCGAGAUAAAAGUGUCUGGUUGUGGGAAUUUGAUGACGAAGAGGAUGUUCAGUGUGUAAGCGUUCUGCAGCCCCAUUCACAGGAUGUGAAAUCAGUAGCCUGGCAUCCAGACGGUGAGGUGAGUACGCUUGGUUCUGGUUUCUACAAGUUAUGACAAUAAGAUAAAUGUGUAUAAAGAGGAACUUGAUGAUUGGGCUGUUUUUAUUCAGCUAACUGGACAUGACUCCACUGUGUGGAAAGCAGAGUUUUCUCCAUCUGGAGAUAUUUUGGCGAGCUGUAGUGAUGAUCGAUGUAUUAAACUUUGGGGAUGGGAAGGAGCUUGCAGUAAAUCAACUUCGUGGGUGUGUAUUGCUACAUUAACUGGUUAUCACAUACGUACAAUUUUCGAUUUAAGCUGGUCAUCAGAUGAUCAACUCUUAGCCAGUUGUGGUUCUGAUAACAGAUUAUGCAUCUAUAAGAUGCCAUCUAGUGGUUUGAUUCGUAUUGGCGGGAAACCGUGUUUAGAAGAACCACCUAUUCUAUGGGGUUAUGUUCCGAAUGCUCAUUCAGAAGACGUAAACUGUGUACGUUGGCAACCUAAGGGUUUCAACAGCAAAAGUCAUAGCGAAGAUACAUCAGACAGUCAACUAAUUUUGACAACAGCCUCUGAUGAUGGAUAUAUCAAGUUUUGGUCCAUCAAGUGUGAUGAAUAAUCCUGUUUCUUUCACGCACCAGACGAUUGUGUUUAUUUGUAAUUGUACUAUUUUAUGAACAAUUAUCUGUACAUAUAAUUUUUACUUUUAUAGUCUUUAAAAUUGAUCUUAUUUUCAUUAUAGAUUCGAUACACAUGGUGAUUUUUACUCUUUUUCUCAUAUAUAUUUUUAGUGUACGUUUAUGAUUCAGUAAAAAUUAAAUCGGAAUAAGUAAACAUUAGUUUUGCUCCGUGCCUGAUAGUAACGAUGAGUAGUCAAAAGAAAGGAGAUAAAGGAGUUUAUAAAAUGUACUAACCAUUUGGAAUUGAUUGUCAAUGCUACUGAUAUCAUGUUAUAUGGGUCAUUGAUGACCUUAAAAUAUUGGUUUUGGGAUUUUCAAGAUCAGAUUUGUUUGUUUAUAGCUACGCUUCAUUCGAUCACCUUGAAUCCACAACUUAAAGAGUUCGUUAAUAUCGGAUGCUGACGUUAAGUGGGUUGUGGUAAAUGUAAAAUGAUACAAAAUAUCACAAUCUAAUGGCUUACUUUUAGCAAUCCUUAAAUAAAGCUAACUGAGAUCACGGCUACAAUAUGAGACUCUAAACUAGUUUCAGAUAAAUAGUCUGAUUCUGCAGUUGAUGUUCAUUUGCGAUGAAAACUGUUUUCCAAGUUAUGCAACCCUCUAGAAAUCAAGUGUUUCUUAUUGUAAAUCCUCGUUUCUAAAGUGGAUUAUCAAUUGAUGGUUAUUUUCAAUAGUGUUUUUGAUACAUAGGUAACGGAAAAAGUCUUCUACUUAUCAUCUACUUGCUAUUCAAUCUUCUAUUGUAAUCCGUCAAUAAAUCCAAAGAAUAUAUCAAAUAUUAGUGCUUCACAACUUUAUAAAUACGAAUGAAAUAAUUAUACGCUUAUAUUUAACUUUAUAUUUCGACAUUUAGUAUAGAUUUAAUGCUAGCGAGAUCUUAGCACUAAAAGGAUGUGAAGAAGUGACUUACACUAAGUCACGAAACGUCAGAAAAUCUAAUUUUUCUACUCUUUGGGAUAUUACAAAUAUACUAUUUAUUUAUAACAAUCUACCCAAUACUCAAUUUAUUCGAAAUUAUCAAAUCAAACCUUGGUAAUGAUACAUACUUGAUGAUCAGUUUAUAAUGAUCACAUGAAUUACUACCAAAAACUCAAGCUACAU